AGAGAUUCUUGUUCGUUUACUGGGCGUACGGUGGGGUUUGGAUACACUAGUCGGGGCCAGUAUAUAAAAGAGCCACCCAGCAACAAUGAAAGAUUCAUUGCUUGGCAGAGUGACGUAACACAAGUGUCGUGCUCAACUUGAUCGGAAUGAAUUCCUUAAUCAUUUUAAUAAGCGUGGUGGUGAUGGUCGCAUCGGCACCGACGGAAACGAAAGACACGGUUAUCAACGUGGAUGGACCGGAAGGCCGUCACGUGCAGACGGGCGAGCCCGGCAAAGCCGUUGCCGGAUACUUUACUUCACGAAACACAGAUGGCGUUGAAUACAAGACCACCUACGAGGCUGACGAGAAAGGCUUCCGCGCAAGGGGAUUGCAUUUUCCCGUCUCUCCGUCCGUCUCAUCCGCCCGUCUACCCGUCACUUUCCCAGUCCGCUACCCAUCGCCCGCUUUCUCCGGCUAUGGUUUCCGCUACGGCCCGCAAAAUCAUUUGCCCUUCUUCUACUCAACUAGCCCGCAAAAUCAUUUGCCCUUCUUCUACCCAACUUACCCGCAAGACAAAUAUUUGGCGGCUGACGAGACACUUCCGUACCAUGAAUUUGCAUACAAACACGAUGCCGAGUUUCCUUUGUCUGAAGAAGAGGAAUUCGCCCUGGCCCAGGACGAUCAAGCGCCGUUGACGGAACAAGAAAUUGCGGAUCUCACCGAACGCGGAAUGUUGACGCCCAUGCUGAUGCCAUUCAUUUUGAUGAACAAGAAAAACAUGUUGAUGUUGAUGCUUGUGAAUAAGAUAUUGAUGGCUAUGGGUUAAGCAAUCGAUUGAAAAUCUUCGCUCUCAUCGUCUGCCAUGAUUUUCAAAUUUGACGCUCUACAAAUUUGGAGUCCAAAUUUUACGAAAAGUCAGUCUCAAAUCUAUCGGUUAGCUUUAUUUAAUGCGUUAUUGUUGUUGUUGUACCCCCCACGCGUGUGAAAAAUAAAUUCUAUAGUUGAAUCAAUUUUCAAAUGAUUUGCACCUUUAACAAGAUCACCCAAAAAAAUAGUAAUAAUAAAUAAUUCACGGGUGUUGAAUGCUCACAGUGGGGAAAAGGACACAAAGUUCACCGAAAUGAAGUAGGAAAACUAUCUAAUCAGAUGGAUCGAUAAAAGUGACAGUUUUUCCUCCUCCUUUCAUGUUACACAUUUAACCCAGUGCGUAUAAGAAUUCCACCUUUAAAAAAAUAAAUAAUAAGACUUAACAAACAAAAGAAAUGUCAAAAAAUAAAAAUGAUCUUGGUGGAUCAAAUAAUCUGGGAAAACUGGAAAAACGCGUUCUGAAAAUGCCUUUUGGUAAAAAGAUAAAUGUAUUUUUUUGCUGUUAUCGUUGUUGAGAUCACGUCUAGCUUGCAAAUGCGGACGGGCUCUCGACGUUGCCUAACGGGCAAUUUAUUUCGUAACUAUUGUAAAAACAUUUCAAUUCGUUUUGCCCUCGUCCAUCAACAGACGUAUGAAUUCACAUCCUUUUUUUGUAUUCAAUUUCCCUUUUUUUCCCCCUCUUCUGAGUUGGCGUACGAUGGUCCCAGAAUGCAGGUCCAAACUAGUAUAAAAGAGCCUUUGCUCGUCAACCCAAGAUUCAUUCCUAGGUAGCGCGGCGCAAAGACAAAUUGUCCCAGUUCGUUCAGCAUCGCAAUCAGGAUGAAUAUUAUACUAAUGUUAAUCAGCGCGGUGGCGAUGGUCGCAUCGGCACCGACGGAAACGAAAGACGCAGUUAUCAACGUGGAAGGACCCGAUGGCCGUCACGUGCAGACGGGCGAGCCUGGCAAAGCUGUUGCCGGAUACUUUACUUCAAAGGAUGAAAACGGCGUUGAACACAAGACAACGUACGAGGCUGACGAGCAAGGCUUCCGAGCCAAGGGAUCGCAUUUGCCCGUCUCUCCGAUCGACUCGUCCGUCCGUCUGCCCACCACUUUGCCCGUUCUCUACCCAACAUCAGCUUUCCCCAUCUACGGUUUCCGCUACGGCCCUCAAAAUUAUUUGCCAUUCGCCUACCCAAUUUACCCGCAAGGUAAAUAUUUGGAAGGAGGAGAUUCUUUGUCGUACGGCAACGUAGAAUUUAAAAACAGGAGAAAACGAAUUGCCUCUAUCUGGAGAAGAGAUUCUCGCCCUAGCACAAGACGCUCAAAUUCCGAUCACGGCAGAAGAAAUUGCGGCUCUAACAGAACGCGGUCCGUUGACGCCCAUGUUGAUGCCAUUCAUCUUGUCGAACAAGAUGAGCAUGUUGAUGAUGAUGCUUGCAAAUAGGAUAUUGAUGGGUUAAGAAAUCGAUUGACAUUUUCUGCUCGUCUGCCAUGAUUGUUGAUUCGCUGUAAUAUUUAAUGUUCAAGUUUUAAUAAAAGUUAGUCUGAAAUCUC